CUUGCAAGUCCCCAAUAUUGUCACAAGUCCUACAAGCUUCUUUGCUACCACAGUCACCACUUCACUACUUCUAUAUCAACAUGGUUCAUCUCGUCACUUCCGAUAAUGUGGAGUUCGUAGUCGACAAGGAGGUUGUCGAGCGCAGUGUUCUCAUUAAGAACAUGCUUGAAGAUGUUGGAGAGACCGAUCAAUCUAUACCCUUGGCUAACGUUUCCUCUGCCGUACUGAGGAAGGUCAUAGAGUACUGCGAACACCACAGGGGUGAACCCUUGCCUAGCGCAGACGCCGACCAGAAUCAGGAUGAGACCCGCAAGCGGACAACCGAUAUCAGCGAAUGGGACCAGAAGUUCAUAACUGUUGACCAAGAGAUGUUGUUCGAGAUCAUCCUCGCUGCAAAUUACCUCGAUAUCAAGUCGCUGCUCGAUGUCGGAUGCAAAACGGUUGCUAACAUGAUCAAGGGAAAGACCCCUGACGAAAUUCGUCGUCUCUUUAACAUCGUCAAUGACUUCACUCCGGAGGAGGAGGCGCAAAUCAAAAAGGAGAACGAAUGGGCAGAAGACCGAUGA